AACGAUCCUGUGCAAGCCAUCGAGGCAAGCGUUCAUCACCGCGACCGGUUGGUGCGUUCUCGACGCCCGCACCUCGAUCUUCAAAGCCAUUGGCUAGGUCAAGGCGCACUACGUUCCCGCCUCUUUUUUUUCUUUUUUUUCCGGCCCGUUUGUCUCUACAAGACCAUUGCCAUGGCCAUGCCAUGGCAAGUUGGCGCAGUGUCGCGCGAAACUGCUGAUGACUUGCUCAUGGGACCUGGCUCCAAGGAUGGUCGAUUCUUGGUGCGCGACCGCCCUGGUACUUCCGAGUACGUGAUGGGUGUUGUGUUCCGCGGAAAGCCUACACAUCACCUAGUGGCCACAAACGCUGAAAACAAGUUGACGGUCAACAAGAAAAAGUACGGCGACGUAUCCACACUCCGGGAUCUCGUUCUCUUCCUUUCCAAACCUCCCAUUCCUGGUUGGCCCGUGCCAUUGGUUGAGGGCGUCACUCGCGAUGGCGCCAUCGUCGCUCCCGAGGCCGAAACGGCCCCUGCAGCCCCUGCAGCCUCAGCAGCUCCGGCAGCCCCUGCAGCCCCUGCAGCCUCAGCAGCUCCGGCAGCCCCUGCAACUCCGGCAGCUUCAGCGGCCCCUGUAGCCCCUGUAGCCCCUGUAGCCCCUGUAGCCCCAGCGGCCCCUGCGGCCCCGGCAGCACCUGCGGCCCCUGCAGCCUCCACAGCCCCUGCGGCCCAAGUCGCAACUACCACACCUACCCCUGUUCCCACGCCUGCAGUCAACACAACCCCAGCCCCAGCCCCACAACAAUCGCCACCAGUUCCAGUGACAGCCACCGCUGCUACAUCAGCGCCAGCGGUGUCGCAAGCCCAGUCUUCAGCUGCCAUGCCUGCUCCCGUCGCCCUUCAUCCUCCCCAUUCAACCCCGGUGAAAACGGGGAGCAAUACGGCUGCAUCCAUGCAACAAAACAACAUGCCUUCCAUUACUGCCUUGGCACAGCCGGUUGCAGGGCACCACGACCUGGAUGUCGCUCCUAUGUCUGCUCUAAAUCCCGUUGGAUCCACGGCACCAGAGGCAUAUGGCAAUGAGGUGUAUGAUCUGGCGGCCAGCCGCGGUCAGGUCACACUGAGUGUCGAGGCCAUGCAAGCCGAGGAAGAGGCACGCGUGGCACGCGAAAAAGCAGAGCGCAGUGCCGCUUUGUUCGCCUCCCAGAAGCUGCAGCUGCAAGCGCUGGAGCAAAUUCAGCGCAACAACGGCAUGCGUCUCAAUGGCACCCUGGGCACGUCGACAACAGAUCCAAUGGACGAGAACGGCACCCUCAUGCGCCUUAACAAGUCGUUGGCCAAGGUUGUGAUCAAGCUGGGGGCGCGUACCUCCACUCUUGAAGCCAAGGUGGAUCAGCUGACAACGGCGUUGGCCCAAGCCAUGGCAAUGGUCGAGGCGCUACAGAAUCAUACCACAGGCUUCCUGGCCUCGGCACAUGCCUUUCUCACAUGA